AUGCCUCUAACGCCACGCGUAUCCAUCAGAUCAUUCCUCUCCUCCGCCAAAUCCGCGCUGCAGAAUGUGACCCAGCAAUCUCCGCCCUUAACCUUCGUCGUGGGCAACGAAGCAGCAGACCUCGACUCCAUCUGCAGUGCAAUAGUCCUUGCCUACCUCCGAACCUACGCUUCGUCGCCAUCAAACACAAAUACCCUCUACAUCCCGCUCACGAACAUCCCACGCGCCGAUCUCACGCUCCGCCCCGAGCUCCUCCCUGUUCUCCGGCGCGCACAGCUUCAGCCUAGCGAUUUAAUCACACGCUCCGAAGUGCGUUUCCUGUCAGAAGAAUCCUCGCGCCACGCGUCCGAGCAGUCGAGAUGGCUGCUCGUUGACCACAAUGCCCUGCUGGGUGCGCUCGGCAAGGUCUACAGCAGCAGAGUUGUGGGAUGCAUAGACCACCACGACGAAGAGGGGAAGGUGCCGCGGGACUGCGGUGGUGAACCCCGGGUUGUGAAGAGGAGUGGAAGCUGUGCGAGUCUGGUGGUGGAGUACUGCCGAGAAGCGUGGGAUACCAUGUCCGCCAGGUCCAAGUCUGCCGAGACGGCGAAAUGGGACGCGGAAUUGGCUAGAGUUGCCCUGGGACCAGUGCUGAUCGAUACGUCGAACUUGGGGAACGCAGCCAAGACUACUGAUGUCGAUGUGGAGGCUGUGGAGUACCUCAAGACCUGGAUCUCGGCUGGGGAGAGCGAAGAUUUUGACGCGGAUGAGUAUUACAAGGAAAUCUGGACUGCGGAGAGGGAUGUGGGUGGCUUCAGUUUGGCAGAUUUAUUGAGGAAGGAUUUCAAGGCGUGGACAGAGACUGGAAUCAACCUGGGCGUUUGCUCUGUUGUCACGGACAUGAUAUCUUUAGUCGGGAAGGCUCCGAGCCCUAAUGCUUUCCUCGACUGUGUGAGGAAGUUCUCCGAGGAGCGGUGUCUUUCGAUUUGCUGUGUCAUGACUAGAUCGUCGAAGGGCAGAGAGUUGCUGGUCUGGGGACUCGAUGAGAAGGGCGUCGAGACGUGCAAGAAGUUCGAAGCCAAGUUUGGGGAGAAUCUCGGGCUUGAGGCUUGGACGGACGGAGACUUGAAUGAAUCUGCAGAUGGGACCUGGCGCAAGUGUUGGAACCAGUCUAGGGUCGAGAACAGUCGGAAGCAGGUGGCUCCGAUGCUGAGAGAUUCGAUGCAUUGA